AUGAUGAAAUCCAUUGUUUUGCUCGCAAGCGCGCUGCUGGCCGGCUCUGCCGUCAGCGCGCCGACCGCCGAGAUUCCCUCGUUUACCCAGGCUGAGAUGGAUAGUGGCAAAGCCAUCCGUGAACUGGGACGGAUCGCAUACGAGAAUGCCAUGGCGCGUGCGGCGAAGGCAACGACUGGCUGUACCAAGGAAAACGUGCGAAUCCGGAAGGAAUGGCGCAACAUGACCCUUGACGACCGCCAGGGUUAUCAACAAGCCGUGCAGUGUCUGAUGGAGAAGCCAGCGCGACACAAAGGUCUAGACGGCGUCCGAACGGCAUGGGACGACUACGGUGCGCUGCACUACUACCAGACCCCCUAUGUGCACAACUCUGCCACCUUCCUCCUCUGGCACCGGCAUUACAAUUGGGUUCUUGAGCAGGAUCUGCGGGAUCUCUGCGGGUACAACGGCGUCUUCCCCUACUGGGAGUGGGGAUUGGAUUGCGGUAGCGUGGGCUCCAUGGACAAGUCACCGGUGUUCGACGGCAGCGAGUACUCGCUCGGAGGAAACGGAGAGUUCAUCGAGGGCCACCGCGCAGCCAUCGGUGGUGCCAAACCCGGCUCCGGGGGCGGGUGCUUGACCUCGGGCCCGUUCUCCAACUACACCGUCAACCUGGGUCCUGUCGGUUCGCGGAACCCGCUGGCUUACAACCCUCGCUGCUUCAAGCGGGAUCUGAAUACCGAUAUCUGCAACCGCUGGGCGACACUUCGCAACACUACUGAGCCGAUCCUCAAUGGCAAAGACAUCGCUGUCUUCCAAGCUCUUGUGCAAGGCGAUGGUCGAUGGCCGGAGGCUGCCCGCCUCGGCAUUGCCGUGCAUGGUGGUGGGCACUACGCCAUUAGCGGCGACCCGGGGAGCGAUUUCUACUUCUCUUCUCUGGAGCCAGGCUUCUACCUCCACCAUGGCAACAUUGACCGGAUGCACUUCAUUUGGCAGAACUUGGACUGGGAGAACAGACAGACCAUCUCUGGCACAAACACCAUGUUUAAUCGGCCAGCCACGCCCGAGGCAGUUCUCGGGGACAAUAUGGGUUUCGAGCCGAUUAACAGGAAUGUGACCAUAGGGCAGACGAUGGACACAGUGGGUGGUACUCCGCUGUGCUAUGUUUACGAACCAUGGUGA